AUGCUUCCUGAACAAUAUUUAAAUACAGCAGUUUCCAUAUUUGCUUCCAUUUUAUUCAUUCCACUUUCAAUAAUUGCAUUAAUAAUUAAUUUAUUAUAUGCUUGUGUUUUGAUUCAUGGGCACCGAUAUUUUUCUACAAAAUUUGUUUAUAUUUGUUCAAGACAUUUAGUAAUAGCUGAUAUAGUAUCUUCACUAACACAAAUUUUUGUAAUUGUCCCUACUGUUAUUUUACCAUAUGAGAUUGGAAGAGGUUAG